AUGGCGGGUGGAUCGACGCCAUCUGUACGGCCGACGCCACGCUCCGAUGUGUCCCCCCUCCACCACUCAGCUCCCACGCAUGUAGAGCGCAGCGCGGUGCGGCCCCCUGGCAACCGCGUAGACGUCAGCGAGUACCUAGACCCUGGAGAGGGCCAGCCGCUACUCGAAUUAACCACUGGCCGGCGGAGCAUGGACGAUCCGCUUGCGCUGGGCAUUGUGAGCGCAGCAGAAGCCCGCACAUUGGUCGACUUGUUCCACCAGCACUUGAACCCGCCUCUGGCUCUGCUAGACCCGACAUAUCACACCCUCGCAUUCAUGCACGAAACGUCAUAUGCGCUCUUGACCGCGGUCAUCGCUGCGUCUGCAAAGUUCUUCCACGGACCCGAGGUGUACCGCUUGCUCCUUGACCACGCUCAGGUCCUCAUCAACCGCGCCGUCGCCGAAGGACAUUGCGAGAUUGGCAUGAUCCAAUGUCUCAUGGUGCUGAGCCACUUCAAAGAGACGAGGGACCGCACUGCAUGGAUCAAGAUUGGCAUGGCGCUGCGCUUCGCGUACCAGAACGGCCUUCACAAAGCUCUCCAGGAAGUGGACGGACCUCAGGGCGAGGAUGCGCGCGCUCAACUCAACCUCGAGCGAACGUGGUUCUGUCUCAACUGCUUUGACAGCACGUACAGCAACCUCUUCCUGCUCCCCAUCACCAUACCUUCACACGAGCGAGGAGACGUUGACAAGUGGGCACACAACCACUUGGAACUUGGCCCCGCAAGCGACCUCCGACUAGCGUGCAGCGUAGAGUUCCUCAAGAAUUGUGCGCAACUACAUGCGCUCAAAGUCAACCCUACGACCAAGGCAUACCGCGCAGUAAUCCUACCCCAGCUUCUCUCCGAAGUCGACCGGCACCUGGACAAGUGGUUCACGGGGCGGUUAUCCCGACUGGCCGAGCAUGAGGAGACCUCUCUGAAGAUCAGCCAGUUCUCACAAGGCUUGACAGUACGGAUGAUGCUCAUCGACGACGACAUCGACACGGCUCUUCACCUUGCACAGGGUCUCGCUCUCGGCAGUACGGUUGUCGGGUGGGUCGAGUUGAUCGCCACGCACGGCAACUUUCUUUACUGCCAGGACACGACAAGCGUGCAUCUCGCGCGACUGGUUGUUUUCUUUCACAAUCUCUUUCGUCGCUUCACAUCCGCACAACAGUCGCUCGUAGUCGACCUCAUGAAGCGUCUCAACACUGCGUGUCUUUCUGUGCCGAACAUGGGCACAGAAGGCGCACCAGCCUUCGUUGCUCGACUUAUCCAGCGCGUCCUUCGAUCCCUCAGCACACGGUCGAUGGUUCCAUCUCGGGCAGCGAGCCCUAGCCUUGCGCAGCCAGAGUUGUCGGAAGCUGUCAUGACUGGUCUUGACGAGUUCUUAGCGACCAUCACAGCGCCCGAGCUUAGCACAGGCGAUGGGCAGUACUGGUGA